AAUUUUACUGCCCAGAGUCAGAAAAAGAAGCACAAAAUUGACAGUGAGACACUGAUGUUUUAGGAUGCAGCCAUCAGCUUUCUUUGCUUUUCUUUGGGCCGGUGCUCUGCUUCCCUUUUCCUUCUGUCAGGAUGAAUGUGUGAAGCAUGGAAGAAAUGGCGCGGAUGGACCAAAUGGGAGAGAUGGCCUGCCAGGACCAAAAGGAGAGAAAGGAGAGCCAGCUUUGCAGGUUAAGCUGAGCAGCAUUGCCCUCGAGGAGCUGAAAGGAGACAUGGGGGUCCGCGGCCCUCCAGGAGAACCUGGUCUAGAGGGUUUAAUGGGAGCUAUAGGCCCACGGGGGCCGCUUGGUCCUGCGGGUCCAAGAGGAUCCAGUGUUGGUGCUGAUGGAGCCAAAGCCAGUGAGAAACCUGCAUUCUCUGUACUGCGAAAUGAAACAAGCCAGGCUCAAUAUAAACAACCUGUCACCUUUAAUGAUAAGCUUAGCGAUGCCAAUGAUGAUUUCCAAAUUAAAACUGGUUAUUUUACUUGCAAGGUUCCUGGGGUGUAUUAUUUUGUGUUUCAUGCGUCAUCUGAGGGUCGAUUAUGUCUCAGACUUAAGAGCACAAGUGCGCCUCCAGUAAGCCUGAGUUUCUGUGACUUUAACUCAAAAUCUGUCUCUCUUGUUGUGUCCGGUGGAGCAGUGCUUACACUUUUAAAAGGUGAUAAAGUCUGGAUUGAGCCUUUCGCUGGGGAUGGUGGUGUUGGACAAAUGCCCAAACGCUUGUAUGCAGUGUUCAAUGGGUUUUUAAUCUAUCGCAAUGCAGAGUAAAGCAAUUAAUAGGAAGAAUAUAGCCGAAUAUUGGUGACUGGACCCUGCUGAUGGUUGCAGAGAUAUAUUUUACUUUCGAUUUUACUGUAGCAGAGAUACUUGGAACUUAAAUAAUCAAUGAAAUUCUAAUUGCUCUGCUGUAUGCUGUAUUAAAAAUUCUUGUAUUUGUGUAUCAUUGUGUAUUAAAACAGUAUUGUUGUUUUUGUUGAAUGUCUUCAAUUUCAAAUCCCAAAUAAAAGCAUAUGAACGUGCCAGUACACAAA